CCCAUGUAAUGACGUAGUAUGUGCGCGAGGUAAACGUUAUAACUACCGCAGCGGCCUGUGUGUGUGUCUGAGGCCAUCGCUGUAAUUUUUUCCUGUGGUGGAGGCUCUGUGUCUGCAGUCCGUCACCAGCAUGAAACUAGUCAGGUUUUUGAUGAAGCUCAGCCAUGAGACGGUCACCAUCGAGCUGAAGAACGGCACCCAGGUCCACGGCACCAUCACAGGUGUCGAUGUGAGCAUGAACACCCACCUGAAGGCAGUGAAAAUGACCCUGAAAAACAGGGAACCCACUCAGCUGGAGUCACUGAGUAUCCGUGGCAACAACAUUCGCUAUUUUAUCCUGCCAGACAGCCUCCCAUUGGACACCUUGUUGGUCGACAUCGAGCCAAAGAUCAAGUCCAAGAAGAGGGAAGCAGUGGCCGGACGGGGGCGAGGCAGAGGACGAGGACGUGGCAGAGGAAGAGGAAGAGGACGGGGUGGACCAAGGAGAUGAUCCAAAGGCCUUACAGUUGCCUCUCAACAUCCACUGUUUGUACAGGAUUUUCUUUUUUUCGUUUACUCAAAGGAAACAGUUGAUUUUCGGUGUGCUUUUUGUUAUUUUGUACAUUAAAAUGCUCCUCAUUGAUGGGAUAAA